AUGGUUCCUCGUCCUAAGCGUCGGCGCCUCACCGAUCCUUUGGACGAGGUUGCGAGCGAAGACAUCUGCAAGCCAGCCACGCAGUUGGAAAAGAGCAGCUGGAAUGGCUUCUGCGAGAUCGAAUCAGAACCGGCAUUAUUCAAUGUGAUACUCCGCGAGUUCGGGGUGAAAGGCGUCCAGGUUCAAGAGGUGAUGUCUCUGGACGAUGAAGGCGUAAGCUAUCUUGAGAAACCUAUCUACGGCUUGAUCUUUCUCUUUCGCUGGCGAGAGGAUGAUGCAGAGAAGCAGGAGGCCAGCUGCCCAGACGGCAUCUGGUUUGCAAACCAGACAACCGGCAAUUCCUGUGCCAGUGUAGCACUGCUGAAUAUCGUCAACAACAUUCCCGGUAUCGACCUUGGGGAGAACCUGCGACACUUUCGAGACUUUACCAUGCCAUUCACGCCGGCGUUGCGCGGCGAUGCCAUCAACAACUUCGAAUUUGUCAAACGCGUACAUAACUCUUUUGCUCGGAAAAUGGAUAUCUUAAAUUCAGAUCUACAGCUCCGGGGCGAAGCGACUUCUAAGAAGCGCUCCAAAAGCCAAGACUCCAAUGACUUUGAAUCAGGCUUUCACUUUAUCGCGUUCAUGCCAGCGAUGGGCCAAGUAUGGAAAUUCGACGGUCUGGAGCGGCAACCCCAAGCACUCGGUGAAUGUUCCGAGGGAGACUGGUUACAAUUGGCAAUGCCCAACAUCAUCGACCGAAUGGCCGCCUACACCGAAGACAGUAUUGAAUUUUCUAUUCUCGGGGUGGUUCGAGACCCUCUCUUGGAUCUCGUUCAGCAGUUGGCAGUUAACGUGAGAAGCUUGGAAAUCCUCAACGAGCGGCUCCUGUCCGGAGGGGAUGGAGUCGCGGGAGAAGCGAACCUGGAGGCGCUCCGCGAGACAGUCAUCGGGCCCGAACCAUCACUCGGGCUCACGCGUGCGGACAUUGAAGCCGCCGUCGUCCCCGACGCCAUACAAACGUGCCAAGAUUCGUCAACGGAACAACUACGGCAAGAUCAGCGGGAACUCAGCCGAACCCAGUCGGGGCUGCGAGGGCGCAUCCGAGAGCAGCAGCAGGCACAACGAGCAGACGAGGAUCAUGCGACCGGGCGACGCUAUGACUACGGGCCAGCGAUACGGACGUGGUUGCGCUUUCUAGCACGCAAGCAGCUGCUGGCAGAGCUGCUGCAAUGA